AAACCCAACACACAAUGUCACACACACACACAAACAAACCCACUUUCUCUGAGUCCCCACCAAACUUUAAUCCGAACCCGAGCCCAUGGCUACCACUACGAAUCCGUUCUCUCUAUCUCUCUCGAAGAACUCGGCCGAUAUCUUUUCCCGUGUUCCGAACCCGCCUAACUCGGUCUCACUCCGGUCCGCGUUUGUUUCGCCGGGUUCGAACGAUUUGAGCCUGAUUCGGGGACAGAAUUCGGUCGUGAGUGCAAGCCGAGUGAGGUCGGUGAGGAUUUGCGCGAGUUCGGCUCAGGUUAUGGACCAGUCGGUGGCCAAGACGGAUUCGAAGGUUCCGGUUAUUGUGGACGUCAAUUUGGGCGACCGGAGCUACCCGAUUUACAUCGGAUCAGGACUUCUCGAUCAACCACACCUUCUUCAGAGGCAUGUCCAUGGGAAGAGAGUUCUUGUGGUCACUAAUAACACAGUUGGGCCAAUCUACCUGGAUAAGGUUGUUGAAGCUUUAACUAAGGGAAACCCGAAUGUCUCAGUUGAGAGUGUGAUUUUACCUGAUGGUGAAAAGUACAAGGACAUGGAUACUCUUAUGAAAAUCUUUGACAAGGCCAUUGAGUCACGGUUGGACCGGCGAUGUACGUUUGUUGCCCUUGGAGGUGGUGUGAUUGGUGACAUGUGUGGUUUUGCUGCUGCCUCUUUCCUCCGUGGUGUUAAUUUCAUCCAGAUCCCUACAACUGUGAUGGCACAGGUGGAUUCCUCUGUUGGUGGCAAAACUGGGAUAAACCACCGCCUUGGGAAGAACUUGAUUGGAGCUUUUUACCAACCUCAAUGUGUACUUAUAGACACAGACACACUAAAUACAUUGCCAGAUAGGGAAUUGGCAUCAGGGCUUGCGGAGGUUAUAAAGUAUGGGCUUAUCAGGGAUGCUGAAUUUUUUGAGUGGCAGGAGAGGAAUAUUCAGGCAUUAAUGUCAAGGGAUCCAAGUGCACUGGCUUAUGCCAUAAAGCGAUCAUGUGAAAACAAGGCCGAGGUUGUUUCCUUAGAUGAGAAGGAAGGUGGGCUCAGGGCAACCCUAAACUUGGGUCAUACAUUUGGGCAUGCAAUAGAAACUGGGGUGGGCUAUGGGCUGUGGCUCCAUGGAGAAGCUGUUGCAGCUGGCAUGGUCAUGGCUGUUGACUUGUCGCGCCGCCUUGGUUGGAUUGAUGAUUCUAUUGUGAAGCGAGUUCACAACAUUCUAACACAGGCUAAGUUGCCUACUGCCCCUGCUCAAACCAUGACUGUGGAGAUGUUCAAAUCUGUUAUGGCGGUUGAUAAGAAGGUUGCUGAUGGCCUACUAAGGCUCAUCCUUCUAAAAGGCCCUCUAGGCAAUUGUGUUUUUACUGGUGAUUAUGAUAGAAAGGCCGUGGAUGAAACUCUCCGUGCAUUUUGCAAGUCCUGAAUUGAUAUCUGAAGCUGAUUUUGUUCUCAGUUGUGAGCAAUUUUCUUACCAGAUAUUUUUUUAUUACAUAUUGUGCUUGUAUUUUUCUUUUGUAGUUUAGAUGCCUUUGCCCUUGGUCUUCCUAGAUUUUAUUGGCCGGAGCUAUUACCAAGUUGUAAUCUUAAUAAACUGUGGCAUGCUCAAUAAUUUAUUUCUGGGUAAUUAUAUUCUCUGUGUGGAUUUCAUCUA